AGCUCCUAGACUCUCUCCCCGAUCUCUCGACUCUCGACGUGACUCGCUAGACGCAGCCGGUGAACCACAGAGGGACAGCAGCUGUUGUUCCAACCAUGUCAGACCCCCUCGCCUCGGCGCUGGACCUGCUCCGACGGCUUCCCCCGUCCAAGAUCUCGUCCAACCUCGAGACGCUCAUCAACCUCUGCCCCGAGCUGGCCGAGGAGCUCAUCUCGUCAGUAGACCAGCCGUCACUGGUAAAGACGGACUCAACAAAGGAAGGCGCGGGGAGAGAGUACCUCGCCUGCGACUACAAUCGCGAUGGAGACAGCUAUCGGAGCCCAUGGAGCAACGCAUAUGAGCCUCCGUUGGACGACGGCACAGUGCCGCCGCCGAAGCUGAGGGAUCUCGAGGUCAAGGCCAACGACGCGUUCAACACAUACAGGCAGCUCUACUACGACGGUGGCCUCUCCUCGGUGUACCUUUGGGAGCUCGACGGAUCAGGCUUCGCAGGCGUUGUGCUCUUCAAGAAGGAACUCGACGGAGGAGGAUCAGGGCCCGGCACGUCGGGCUGCUGGGACUCGCUGCACGUCUUUGAGGUGUCGGAGCGCGGCGGCGGGCGCUCGGCGUCGUACAACCUGACGAGCACCGUCAUGCUCUCCCUCGGCCGGAAGGAGGCAGGCAGCGGCACCAGUGGCGAGCUGGGAACGCUCGACCUCGCAGGAAGCCUGACGCGGCAGACGAAUGGCGACCACUCUGUGGCCGACGCUCAGUCGCACAUUGCCAACAUGGGGAGAAUGGUCGAGGACAUGGAGGCAAAGAUCCGAAACUCGCUCCAGGAGGUCUACUUUGGAAAGACCAAGGACAUUGUUGGCCAGCUCAGGAGCCCCGAUUCGCUGGAACGUCAACGGCAGGCAAAAGACUUGCAAAAGGAGCUCAUGAACCUCUGGAAGAAGUAGCCGUCGUUCAAGCGUGCAACAAUGCCAUGAUAUCCUUUGCAGCAGCAGGAAG